UAAGUAUGCAAGGAUCGUGGCAAGUGAAAAGAUGUAGCCUCUGCCUACCCCUCCGGGAAAAAGGUGUGCUUUUUGUACGUAACAUUGGUAUAAAAUUUUUGAUCAAAUAGCGUUGACAUUUUUUUAUUGUUAUAUUGACUUUUUGACUUUAAGUAUAAGACCCAUAUUACAGGGUGGUACUUCUACAAUUUUGUAGCCUUUGUCGUUAGAGAAUGCGCUCUCAUUUCUAUGGUCAGCAAAAUUAUGAAAGGCUAAGGUAUGGGUUCAGUUGGACUUUGAGCUUAUACGUCGUAAUGUUCUGAUACUUUCAUUAUCAUAAUAUUGUGCAACAUCAGAACAGAUAAACUUUAAAAAAUCAAGACUGUAACUAAAAAUGGCUGGGACCAGCCGGUUACUAUUACUCGCAGUGGUUUUCACUUCAGUGCAUGCCUACUGUCCACAAGACAAGAUUUACAGUAUCGGCGACAGAUCCGACGAGUGCAGAUUCCGAAUCUACUGCAUCGGAAACAUAAGGGGCAUAAGUCUUCCAGAAAAAUGUCGGGCUUCCACCAACUAUCCCGUCAACGUAGAAGUUAUACUCACUGACGCUAUAGAAAGAUUCGACGAACGUAUCAUUGACGCUGACUUUUUAAUUUCAGUGACAUCGUUGAAAGCAUCUGGCAAGUGGCCUCAGACCAAACUAUCAUUUUUACAUUACAUGCCACAACUCCAAAACCUUUCUCUGGUAGGCAAUAAUAUUGGUGUUCUUGAUUCCAAGCCUUUUUACAUUCUAAAUCGCCUUGAAAAUCUAGACCUUUCACGCAAUAGACUAAGUAAUUUAACAGAUUUGUUUCGAUUCGAACCAGAAGAAAUUGAACAACUUGACAAAACAAAUGACAUAAUAACAAAAAAUAAAUUGACAAAACUUAAUUUAGCAUUCAAUCUGAUUAAAGACAUUCCUGGAGAUGUAUUUGAGGAGUUAAUCUCUUUGGUAGAUUUAGACCUGUCAUUCAAUCAUAUUUCAAAAUUAGACGAACAAGUAUUGGCACAUUUGACAAACUUGCAAAUAUUAAAAUUAAAUAACAAUAAAAUAGUAGACUUAAAUGGAGCUCUCAACAAGCUACUUAAUCUGAAACAUCUUUACGUUGGACAUAAUAAAAUACAAAAUAUAAGUGACGAGUCCUUAGAUAUUAUACAUCAUUUAGAAACAUUAGAUUUUUCAACAAAUGAAGUCCAAAUUUUGACUUCAGGAUUGUUCUCAAGACACUGGGAACAUUUGGGAGGUCACUCAAUUUGUAAAAUUAUACUCUCUGGAAAUAAUAUAUUUGCUGUACCUAAUGCAACAACUGAAGAGUAUUCUCCAAGAUCCACUAGAUCCUAUAGCAAGAAUAAUAUUGAUGUAUUAACUGAAUUAGAUUUGUCAAAGAAUUCUAUAACAGAUAUUGGUUAUGACGCGUUCAGUUCUCUUGUUCGUCUAAGGUCUCUUGAUUUAUCUUGUAAUAAGUUGAUCGACUUUGUUGUUAAUGCUAAUGACCUAGAAUACGUCAGAUAUUUAAAUCUUAGUACUAAUUAUAUAACACAUUUGUACUUCGAUAGCUUCGCUUCUAUGAGAAAUCUCUAUAAUUUGGACCUUUCACACAAUCGUUUGGAAUAUAUACCAGAUUUUACUUUUAUAAAUAACUUUAAUUUGAAACAUGUUAAUAUGACAGAUAAUGAGUUUACAAUUCUGAAAAACAUUCAUAUAAAGAUAUUCCAUCCGGAUGGUGGUAUUUUAGAUCUUUCAAAUAAUGGAAUUUCAAGAUUGACUAUUCCUUUAGGGGAAGGAUUACGAAUGAGAAAAUUAUUUUUAAGUUCUAACAAUAUUUCAGAAGCCAUGUUUAUCAAUUUGCUACAUCAAACCGAGUUGGUACAUGUAGACAUGAGUAAAAAUUAUAUUGAACUUUUAAAUUCUUCGUCUUUAUGUCUUCCAGUUACAGUUUCAAAUUUAGACCUUAGUUUUAAUCAUAUCAGAAAAAUCGAACCCGCCGCUUUUCAUCGUAUCCGUCAUUUAGAAAUGUUACGCCUAUCUCAUAAUGAAUUAACUACUAUAGAUUACGGCUCCUUCCAAGGUUUAAUUGCACUUCGGGAUUUAGAUUUGUCUUUCAAUAAAAUUGCAUAUUUAGACUCAAAAGUCCUCUCAGACCUCAAAUCAUUACAAUAUCUUUCGAUAAGAUCCAAUAAAAUGUAUCAUAUGGAUUACAAAGGUUGGAUUGGCCAUAAAAACCAUUUGGAGGUUUACGUGGAUGGAAACAAUUUUACUUGUAAUUGGUUAAGUACUGCUUUAAGUGACUAUCACAAUCAUUUCUCCCAAAUGAGACCGACUGUUUUAGUAGAAGCAGUCACUCAACAUUCUGUGGAAGGUAUACCUUGCCUUCAAACAGAGGUCGGAGAACUAAUUUCAAAUCCUCUCAUGUCUAAUGAUGACCGAAUGUUAUCAGUAAAUCUACAAAUUUUAGGGGCUAUAAAAGAGCAAACUUACUUUAUAAAGAAGUAUAUGGCUCACGCGAUAUCCGAGAGGGCGGCAAAAUACUAACAUUUAUCUUAGAGCAGUUACUUAUAUUGUUUUAAAAACGUUAUACUAUUAUUAUGAUCUGUCUGGUUAGCCUAACUGUCAAGGGUUUUUCUAACCCAAAA